AUGAGAGGCCAUGCCUCUGAGCUGAAGCAGAGAGGGGUGGCCAAGGCGGUGGUGCCAGAGGAGAGUCUCGCGGCCAAAGCAGCGCUGGGUGGAGUGCGGGCCCCCACACUGCUCACCCGCACGGUCGCCGGUGCGCAGGACGUAGCCACUCCUCUGCGAAGACCCGCGACCAGCUCCACCGCCACCCCUACCGCCUCCGCCGCCUCCGCUACUGCCGCCGCCUCCGCCGCUGCCUCCACCGCCGCCUCCUCCGCCACCUCCGCUCCCACCGCCACCGCCGCCGCCGCCUUCGCCUCCACUGCCGCCACCGACCCCCCCACCCCCACCUCCACUCCCACCGCCACCCCCACUACCCCCACCGCCUCCACCUCCACCUCCACCGCCCGCUCCUCCAGCUCCCUUGCCCCCCUUGCCCUUGCCAGGGCGGCGUCUCCUGCUAGGGGCAGACGCCGCACCGACCGACUCAAGACCAAGGAGGUCGGCCGUAGCAGCAGAGGCAACAGAGGGCAGCAGGGGGGAGGGAGAACACCCCUCAAAGAUGGGGGUGCGCAGGUCACCUUGAGAGGCUCCUACAGCGACUAUACUCUUCUCCGCUGCUAA